UUAUUACCAUGAGAAAAAAUUGGUGUAAUUUUUUUAUUUCUCUUAAAGUUCAAUUAUGAAUGUAUUUUUAAGAAGUACUGUUAAACAAGAAACAAACAAACAAUAUUUAUCUGCAUCAAAUAUUUAAUUCCUAGUUAUUUAUUUUGGGAAUUACAUCUUCUAGAAACAAAAUUCUAUAAAUAUCUGAGCAAAAAAAUAUAAAUUGGUAUAUUACUCAACAAUCAGAUUACAAGUUUCAUCGAGAAACAUAGGCGAUGGAAAACCCGAUUGUUAGAUUUUACACUAAGUCAAAGAUGCCGCGCCUGCGAUGGGCCUCUGAUCUCCACCACUAUUUUGUUUAUGUUGUUAAUCAACUCGGUGGCGAAAGAAAAGCAACUCCUAAGAAGAUUGUGCAGGCAAUGGGUGUGAAAAGUCUCACACUAUCUCAUGUAAAAAGCCAUCUCCAGAUGUAUAGGAACAAGAAGCGGAGAGACUCAGUACAAGCAGAAAGGAGAAUGAGACAAGAAAUGAGGUGGAGGCAAUCUCAAGAACACCUUCAAAUCUAUGAACGCCUUCGAGACGCUACUGAGUUUAUGCAAAAUCAACGAAGGCUAAGCGAUAAUAAAGAAAAAACAAUCGCAUUUCUGAAACCGAGUAACAAAACUAUGGAGGUCGGACAUGCUGACGAUGGUGUGGUUGCUGCUGGCUAUGGUGCAAAUGUUCGUUUAGACUCGACGGGAGUUUUGAAGGGUGAAGAGAAAUUGUCCCUUGGACUCACUCUUGGACUCAAUUACUAAGAGGACUUCGGUUCUAUCCUUUUUAAGUUUCCUAUAUUUAUGUAAUUCUUGGUCCAUAUAAUGGGAUGAGAACAAUAAAAAUGAACAAUAUGCGUUCCAAUAAAAAAAGGAACAAUAUAAUAUAAAAUGUAACUAUUUGAUUUUUCAUCCAUUAUUUGGUUGAAAUAUUCUUAAGUAAUAAAUAUUUUAUUGCAGACAAGAAUCUCUUCGUAUCAUUCACUGAGACCUAGUUCUUCUUCUCUGUAUCAAGUUUAUGCAAAAACAUUUGCUAUUAACUUCACCUAUAUCUCUGUCCCUUUGGUGAAGCCCCUGAAAUCGUAGACCAUUUAAAGAUUUUGACAAAAUUUAUAGUUUAUGAAUGUUCUGACCUUGUAGACAUUUCCGAAUCCACCUUGACCAAGCUUAGUUUAAGGCAAGAAGAGUCUGUUGGAACCCAAAUUUUGUAAUCUUUGGACUGUGUAAAAUUUUGGAUUAAUAUGAAAAGAAAGGUGUAUCAAAUGUUUGUUGGGCUCUAAAUGAAAAGUUUUUUACUGAAAUAAAAUGGAAUAAUAAGAACUUUUACAUUUCUUAUGACAAGAGAAAUCAUGUACUAUAUGUAUGGCAUCUCUUUGACAAGGUUCACAAGCUUGUAGGGUAGUAUAUAUGGAGAAGGAGUGAGAAAGAUCGUACCACAAGAAAACAUCAAUUUAGAGACUUCUCUUGCACUAUACAUGGCAAUUGCAAUAUUGUGUGACUAGUUUUUAACUAAUUUACAACUACCAUACAACAGUCAUAUAUAGUCGCAAAUAUGUGACCAAAAACAGUUAUGGUAAUUUAAGGUUUUGGUGACUCCUUAGGCGAUUCACGAAACUGGCAAGCUCCUCCUCAGAUUUGGUGUUAUGAGGCUCUCCUUGCUAGGAAAAAGAGAUUGGUGUCCAGCUACGUUACAUGGAAACGAAAGCGGAAACGCGGAAGCAGAAUCGUAUGAAAGCGCAGAAGCGAUUUUUUUCAAAAAACUAGGAAGCGGAUCCGUAUUGAAAGCGUAUAAACCUACAUAUAAAAUAAAAUUCUGAAAAUUAAAAGUGUUUAAACUUUAAACCACACAAAUCCAGAAAAGUAUUAAAUAUUAAGCAAUACAACAAAAAAUAAAAACGUUCAAUGUCAAAGAUCAAUUGUAGUUUCACAAUGAAAAUUAUUAGAAUAGAACUUUAACCCUAGUUUCACAAUGCAAAUUCAGUUAUACUUUAACCAUUGGCAACCAUCCAAUCAAUAUCGUUGAACGGUACAUAUAAAGCUACAAAUCUCAUGUUUGUGUAAAGGAGAAGAAGAAUAUAACAAUUAACAAACAAAUAAAAGUCUAAAUAAAAUCACCUUGUUAAUUGUUUGGUCUCGGUAAGGAGAAGAAAAAAAGAUAGACACUCAGAAGUGUAAAAGAGAUGAGAACGAUGACUUUGUCGUAGUCUUUUCAGUUUCCUUUUUUUUACUAGGGUUUUCAGUUAAAGAUAUAAAACAUAAAAUAUUUAAUUUUCUGUUGUAGGCACAGGGGGGUAACCCACGAAUUGGUUGAAUGGUGGAA